AUGUCUGGCGUUAUCUUUCCAAUGACACUUCAAUGGCUGCUCACCGAGUUUGGAUUCCGCACCACACUUCACAUCUGCUCAGUUGUCCUCUUUCCUCCGGUUAUGCCAUUCCUCUAUUUCGUCAAACCACGCCUUCCAAUCACAUGCGAUUCUGUCAGCACUAUUCGACCUUUUGACUUGAGCUUUAUCUGGACUCGGUCAUUCCUCAUCUACCGGGUGUGCAAUAUCGUGGAAGCAUUGGGAAUUUUCCUGUCUACUGUCUACCUUCCCACCCAGGCUCGGUCCUUAGGGUCACCGACCAGUUGGCCUCGCUCACUCGUCGGCAGCGGCCUCUCUGUGUUUCUUCUCUGGGGAUUUAGCGUGUCAUUGGCACCACCCUACGUUUUCUACAUAGCCUAUGGCUUAUUUGCCGGCUCGUGGUCGUCCACCUGGACCGCCGUCACGCGAGAGACAUAA